AGACAGGAAGACAAUACUAGAUCAAGAUAAUCAAGCUUUUGUAGCUCAAAUAUGGCCACUGUCCACACAGUGUCAUCCCCAGCUGAGGCUCUGACUUGUAACGAGGCUGUCCGCAUCUUACUGUACGGAUUCCUCACUUGGCCCCUUGGUGAAUCACUAAAGUGAUGUGCUCAAAGAAUACAGGGGCUCUAACUGCUUUGUAUUGUGCAAGAUUACAAAGAUGCCCAGUUGAUCCAAGUGUCAGAUUUAUCAAUCAACAUUAAGGAAAUUACGUUAGAAUAAAGUACCAUUUAUAAUAAGAGGUUAAAUCAAGUCAGUAUGAAUGGUGAGAUGUCUUUGAAAUCCAUAUAUAAAUAUUUAAAAUGUUUUGGAUUUAAUUGGAGAGCAAGAUUUGGCACAGACUUUUAAUAUUUUUAUUUUACUGCUUAUAAAAGGCUUCAUUUCUCAGAAAACUUCUUUCAAAAAUAUUGAUUUAUUUAAAAUAGAGACUAGUCUGAAACUCCAAAUUUGAUAGGAUUAGUAUGCCAUUAUAAGUCUAAAAAAUAGAAUCAGUUAUCUAAUGCUUUUUAAGUUUUUACUGAAAUGCACACCUGGUGUGACUUAUGUUAAGGUCUCUAAGAAGAGGCCACCAACGAUAACAGGAGUGACAUUGUAAAAAUGCACAUGCUUACAAAGGCUAAGUAUAGAAAGAUGCUUAUUUUGGGAUAGAAGGGAUAAGAGGAGGAAAAAUCAAGAAAGUGUAAAUUUGUAAUAUUUCCUGUGUGUCAGAAACAUUAAACAAAGCCAGAACUCCCAGACAAAGAACCAGUAACAGAUGUAAAAAUCCAUUUUAUUUCAAGACAUCGUACCUGAGUGCUUUGAUCUAUACAUUCGUAUAUAAGCUGUCUUAGAAGCCAGUGGUAUCUGUGAUUCUACUUUUAUUUAAAUAUGCAUUGAUUUAAAAACAGAUUAUUUAAAAAACACCUUUUAGUGGAAAUAAUUUUCCCUAAUAAACAGCUCAUAGAUAAGGAGUUGACAAGUGUUAUCUUGAUUUUUUUUCUAACUUGUAUUUAAAUUCUGCAGACUCUCCCGGGUUAGCCCGUGGAUAGCUGUGACUUCCCCAGGGCAUGCUGGGAUAUAGGGAGAUUCUAUCCAGGUUUGCUUUGAUCAUGACUUCUGCAUGUUUCACUAUGGGUGGUGCCAGCAUCUAUUACAGCUCUUUUGUCUCGAGGCAUCCUUCCUUUGGAGACAGAAGCCAUCCUUGGGAUGAGGGAACUGAGAUGAGCAAUCUGAGCAUCAUUGAUAUACAGCCCUCCUGAGGGUGGUGUGGCAAAAAGAACACACACAGAGAUGCACACACACACACACACACACAUACACACAGAGAGAUGGAGACUCAUGCAAGUAUGCACACACAAACACACAGACAUACAGAUACACAUAUACACACAUGCACACAUGAGAGAAACAGACACAAAGAGAUGGAGAAGCAGAGAUACUCGUGGAUACACACAGAUGCUCACACACACAGAGACACACACAGAUAUAUGCAGAUACACACAUAGAUAUAUACACAGAUAUGCAUGCACAGACACCCUCCCAACACACACACACACACACACACACACACACACACACACACACACACACACACAUGAACCUGGCAAUGAAGAACACACAGACACUAGGAAAGGAGGUGAGAAAUACAGAGAAAAUCAAGGACCAGGGGAGUGGUGACAGGCGGGGCCCCUAAGUGAAAGACUAGAUUGUUCCAUGAGAGGGUCUAUUGCUUGCUGUGCUCAUGUUCUCCUUCCUGUGGCCACUGAACAUAAAACACCUGCCGCCUGAGUGGAUGGAUUCAGCCAUGAUGACUAACCUUAGAUUCCACUCAGCACAGAUGAGGUUUGAACAGUGAAAUAUGGGAUUACCUCAAAAUGCCGCUGAACCUGGACUCUGAACAGACUAGUGAAGAAAAACAAAACAAAACAAAACAAAACAACCCAGAAACUACAGCUGGAGGAGAUGCUAAAUCCUGAGGCUGUGUACAAGUGCAUAUAUUCAAAUGCAUGGGCCACAUCUCAAGAUUAAGCAAGUCGGUGCCCAGGGACUCAGAAGUACAGUUCAGCACUCACUAAAACACUCCUAGGGUUGAACACUGUGCCAGACCUGGGGGCAUGACCUGAGCGACACACAGCCACCUUGCUCAGUUUCCCUAGAAGAUGACAGAGAGAAUUUGACACUUGCCUCUUCUUUCCCAAAUUGGAAUGUUUACCCAACAUCUUUCUCCAAAAGUGUUUGCAGGCAAUAAGAUGCACAGGGAAGAGGGAGUUUUGUUCACACAGAGCAGGUCCGGAAAGGGAUGCACACACUGUGCCUCACAGCCUACUUUACGCUGGCAAGCAUAGGAUGCUUGUGUUGCCUGGGGUACUGAGGCUAGUCUACACUCCCCUCAGAUGUUUGCUUGGGAGGUGGCAGGGAAACAAAUUCAAGUAUUCAACAACCCCUCCAUCUUUCUAGUUUUUUGUUCUUUUAUAGGGUGAAUCAGGUUAAUAUUGAUGUCAAGGAAAGCUGUAAAGGACAAUCAUAAUGGGUAGAUCAUGGCCUAAAGCUGGGUCUGGCAUGAAUAAGGUCAGAGAGGCAGCUUUUGUUCAUGUGUCUUUUGAUUUGAAUGGAUUUGGGGAUUUUUUUUUUUUAAAUCACCUGCUACUGAAGCUAUCUUCUCUCUGUCCCAUGAGCUGCCUCUCUGACUUGCAGUUUGUCCCUAAUCCCCAGUUGUCUUCUGUCCAUUCUCUCUUGCAUGGACAUUGAUCUGCCCAGAGAUAGUCAUAGGAGGAUAAUAGCUUAAAAAUUCUGGCCGAGUUCCUCAGCCAGAAGAGUUCCAGAGUUUACCAAACUAGAAUCCAUUCAUGGUAACAUUAUUGAUUGAACACAAUUCUUGUUAAAAAAGUGACCAGACUUAGUCACUGAGUGCUUGUGAGGUAAGGUAGUUUUCUUGUUUCUAGAAUUCAGUGUAAUA